CAAAGACCAAAGAGUCCAGCUCACUGGCUUCAGGAAGUGCCGAAGUUGUUGAGAAGCUGCCUGAGAUCCACCGAGGAAUCUGAAGUCUGACAUUCUGAUUGUCAGUGUCCAUCACUACUCUGCUGCAUGAAUCCUCUCUCCUGACGAUGCCCCCCCCCUCACCCCCAGGUAAUGGCUGAACCCAGAAUAUCUUCGAUUGAUGGGAAGUUAACUGAAGAAUUUGCUGUUCCCUCCCACGUCGAGGAGGUCAAAGAGAAGAUGUCUGCUUUUGCCAUGCAUCACGCAGCAGCAGGUCGCAGAGUGGUUCUCAUCACAUCAGGAGGCACUAAAGUUCCCCUGGAGUCACGCACUGUUCGCUUCCUCGAUAACUUCAGCAGUGGCAGACGAGGAGCCUCCUCAGCGGAGUAUUUCAUAGACGCCAGCUACGCUGUCAUCUUCCUGCACAGGCAUCGCUCCCUCUACCCUUACACUCGCACGUUCUCAACCAUGAACAUGCUAGAUGCCCUGCAGUUCCGAAGUGGAGAAGACACAUCCUGUAACUCUGGUGAAGUGGUGGUUAACCAGCAGGUGCUUCCGAACAUUGCCAAAGUGCUGAAGAGAUACCAAGAAGUGAAAGACAGCAGACUUCUCCUGCCCGUUGAGUUCAGCACUCUGUCAGAGUAUCUGCAUCUACUCAAAGCGGCAGCGCAGGCACUCAGCACAAUAGGAUCCAAGGCCAUGUUUUACUUGGCUGCAGCUGUGUCUGAUUUCUAUAUCCCAGCAUCUGAGAUGCCUGAACACAAAAUCCAGUCUUCUAAUGGUCCUCUUCAGCUCAGUUUGAACAUGGUCCCCAAGAUACUGUCCCCACUGGUGAAGGACUGGGCACCUCAGGCAUUUGUCAUAUCUUUUAAACUGGAGACCGACGCAACCAUCCUACUGGAAAAGGCUCGGCGGGCUCUGGACACCUACAGGCACCAGGUGGUUGUUGCCAAUGUACUGGACUCUAGACGGGGUUAUGUGGUGGUGGUGACCCCCGCGACUCAGGCUGAGCUGAUCCUCACAGAGGAAGAUGUGAAGAAUGAGGUGGAGAUAGAGGAGAGGAUAGUGAGCAACCUGACGUCAGCACACAACAAGUUCUUAACUCAACAAGUGGGCUGACAGUCAUCAUCUGCACGUCUGAGUCAGUGACGCGGCUUUAAAUUUUGUCUGUGCUCUUCCCUGACCCUCAAUCCACACUUGCCUGUUCUGCUGACAAAGUUACCGUAUAUUGAGUAUGUUGUCUGGUUGCAUGUCCUUAGUAAUAACUGUAACUAAGCACAUCAUACCUUCCCAUGUCCUUUUUACCUGUUCUAAAAUGGCCCUGUAAGGUUAUAAUGCUGUGUCUAUACAGAGACAAUAUGUAACUUUUUGACAGUUUUUAAAAUGUUUGUGCACACUGUGCGAUAAUCCGGGACAUGUUGAUGUCUUUUUACAACAGUGACUGACAGCUGAAUAAUUCAGUGAUAUGCUUUACUACAAGGGUCAUCUAUAAUAAACAUGUACAAGUACA